AAAAAUUAUUGAUUUAACGCAUAACAAAAUUGCUGUUUAUAAUUUUCAAAGAAAUUAGAGUUUAGAAGAAUGAUUAUUUUGUGAAUUGUACAGAAACAUAAAUUUAUUAUUUCCAUCUAAAUAUUCUAUACAAUUAAAAGUACACAAUACAUAAUUUUCGCUUUGUCUUGUCACAUAUAUAUGUAUAUAUAUAGAAAAAGCAAAAAUGGCGAACUUUAGAGUCGGUCGGCUCCUCAUGUGUUAAAAAUUCAACUUUUUUUUUUAAAUACAUUAAUUAGUAUAUAUCUUUCUAUUUUAAAGAAAUUUUGCAAAUUUACUAAUUUGUGUGUCUUGAUCUUCUAUCUAGUGGAAUUGUGUUCAUUAUCGUUAAAUAGUUAUAUUUCUAUAUAUUAUUAAAAACGCAAGAAGGAUAUUCACACUUUUCCUAACCUAUAAAUUCUGAGUUUGUUUGGGAUUUGGCGAAACAAUGGCAAUGAGUGAAGACUUUAAUUUCUCCGAGCUCUGUAGACUUUGUUCAUUGAAAAGUAAUCAUCAAUUGCAAAUUUUCGAUAAGGAAGGUGAACAGCGGCAAUUGCUUUUUAAAAUACGCUCUUGUAUUCCCGCAGUGAUAACAAAAGAGGAUGCAUUACCAAAAAAUAUUUGUCAAAGAUGUGUCUAUAAAUUGGAUAUGUUUUAUGAGUUUCGCGUGAGUUGCAUGACAACGGAGACUGUUUUAAAAAGUUACGCCGACAGUAUAAAGCAUCUUGCUGCAGUUGUAAACAGUCAGAUUGGAGAGAAUAAGGAUAAUAAAAUGUCGAACGGUACUCAGCAGCAGCAGCAACAACAGAGAACAGCGUAUGUUGAGGCUCAUGCCGUGGCUCAUGCGGCAGUGCAACAACACAUGGCGCAACAAGCAGCUCAGGCAAGGUUAGCAGGACCAGGACCCGCUGCAACACCACAGCCACCUAAUCCGACCUUCACUUUACCUGAUGAUGGUCUCGGAUAUGAUGAUGGAGUUCGUGUCCUUCGCUCCAUUGGAACCUGGUCCCCUGAGUAUUCGGCAGCGAUGCGACCAGCAGGAACAAUGCCUGCUUUUCCAGGAUCAACGGAACAACAAUUUGGAAAUGGCCGAGCGCCGACAAUAAAUCAACCACUACGAAAUGCGAACACUAUUGGAAUUCGACCAGGAUCCGUUUCAAAGGCAACGAAUACUGGUGAACCGACGACGAAAGCAUUUGCCUGCACAGUUUGCGGAAAAGGACUCGCUCGUAAAGAUAAACUUGUUAUACAUAUGCGAAUUCACACCGGCGAAAAGCCAUAUUCGUGCGAAGUUUGCGGAAAAGCAUUCGCUAGAAGAGAUAAACUUGUAAUUCAUAUGAAUAAAUUGAGGCAUAGACCGGGAGUAACGCCACUUUCAACUCCCGCUCCUCCGAAUGUUGAACAACAACAACAGCAGCAACAACAACAGCAACAACAACAGCAGCAACAACAACAACAGCAACAGCAGCAACAACAACAACAGCAGCAACAACAAUCUCGACAGGAUCCAAUUCAUAAAUUAAAAGAAGAACCUAUGAGUUGGUCCUGUGAAUUGUGCGGUCGAGCACUUGCUACCAGAGAAGAGUGGACGCAACAUGCACGGUCACAUUUAGAAGCGUCGGUGCCUCCGCAACACGCGGCACCAUAUUUUGCGGCCUCAGCGGCUCCAUCGCAGCCAUACACGCCAGAUAGAAAUUUUUGUCCAAUGUGUCGCAUUGACUUCAAUGAUAAGGCUGAAUUCAUGUUCCAUGUACGCUCGCAUUUUGAACCACACGCACAACAAACGGGAACGCAACGCUCGACAUUGAAACAAGGUAAUGAUCCUGCAACUGCGGAAUUAAUCGCCCGAGGACUCGUCGAUCCUUCUGGGCUUUGCAGCUAGAAUUUUCCUCAUUCUCACUCAACGAUGUCGAUCCGUGUCUUACCAUAGUACAACUUUUAUGACACUGUCUUCACAUUCUUGACCAUUUUUUUUUUUUUUUUUUUUUUUUUUUUUUUUUUUUUUCCUCUUAUGCGUAGCUUGGUAUGAAAAUUGUGAUCAUAAUUUUAAUAGUUUUAUUUUGAUUCUAAAGGAUACGCCAAUUAACGAAGAAAAUUGCAAUUUGUUUUUGAAAUUGAAUAGAAAAUUGAUUCAAUUUUCUUUUUUAAGAAAUAAUUUUUAGGAAGAAUCUAAAAAUCAAGUUAAAAUAGAAAAUGUUUGAAAAAAAUUCGGUAACAUCGUAAGUAGUUUCUUGGGUAUCCUUUAUUAUUAAUUUCUUUUUUUAUUUGCAAUUUUAUCUACAUGAAGAAAAAAUUAGAUUAACGCUAAAUUUUAUCAUUUUUGAUUUUCAUCUUUUUUCCACUAUUUACUUUUUCGAAUAUUUAAAGACAAUUAUAUAUAAAAUUUCUCUCGUGAAUUGAAAAUUGAAAAUUAAUAAAUAGAUUUUAUCGAAAAAUCGUCCAAGGUUAAUAGUGGAAAAUUGCUGAAAUUAUAGUAUUAAAAAAAAUGAAAAGAAAAGCUGAACAAAUAUUGACAAGUUGUCCGGAGCAAAAUCAAGAGGAAGAUUGGUGUCUAAAAUUCAGUUGUCCGAGUAGAAAAUUAAAUUUGCAUUUUUUUUCGUCAAAUUUUGGAAAAAUAUUCGAUUUUUUGCAUCUCACAAAAUUUAAUAUUCACUUGAGUAAAAUAUUUAUUUAAAGACGUAUUUUUAGUUUAAAGUGAACUUUAGGUAAACUUUAAGUAAACUUUAAGUUAACUUUAAAUUCUUAAAAGUUAAUUUUAAACCAAAUUUUCAAAUGUAACUAAAAGAAUAUUUUUGACUGAAACAAAUUUCUCUUUUGUGAGGCUAAACUUUUUUUCGAACCACUUCCUCUUGUUGCUGUAGAAUAGAAAAAAAAGUAGACUUGAUUAAGAAUUUGAUGUGCCUCCUAUUCUUGAAUUUACAAUAAUGUAGAAAUUUCAAAUUUUGGUGCAGAUUUUUUUAUACAAACAUGACCAAGAGUCCGACUGAUAUAUUUAGAAAUAAUUCUUUUAGUCGAAUUUCUCAAGAACAAAGGAAAAGAAGACUUAACUUUUUUAAAAAUAGUUUUAUCAUUAAGGAAUUAUUUCCUUUUUUUUUCUUUUUACUGAAACUAGUAAUACGUGUACUUCCUCUGUGAGGAAGCAAUGAGAAAGCAAAAAUCAUAUUAAACAAUAAGUUUUUGAUUUUCUACUAGUUUCAGAAAUAUUUUUUAAUCAACUGAAACAAUUUGGGGCAUAAUAAACAAUUUCAGGGUGGCCACAUGUCAAAACAAAAUUUUUAACAGUAAAGUCAGGGAAAUGACAGGAAAAAAAAUUUUUUGUUAGUAAAAUUUAGAAAAUUGAGAUUUUUUCGAAUUGUUUUCAAAAAUU